AUGGCACAUUGUUGGCAAAGGGAUCAAAAUCCCAAUAAAUCACAUGAAGAGCAGUAUGAACACCAAGACUUUCACUCUGUAAAUCAACCCAUUUCCCCUAGCCAAGUCAGUCUGGGUUUUGAUCCAGUAGUAGAUGAGCUCAGUAAUAAAAGUCCACUCUAUCAGAGCGACAUUAAAGAAAAUACCUUUCUCUUGCCCAGUGUACCAAACUUGCAGUCAGAAAUACAUCCAUUAGAUGAAACAUACCAAAUACCUUUGAAUGAAAUUACCUUGAAAAGCCAUGAACUCUCCUGGCAGCAAGAUAGGAAAACACCAAUAAUUGGUUUUAAACCUUCUAUGCUACCAAAACCUCAAAACAUAAAUAAAGCAUGUCCUCAGGGAAACCCUGUAGAAAAAUACGAUGGUGCUAAUGAUUCCAGAUUCAGUAGUUCAGCUUCAUCACUCACUAGUUUGGAUAAAAUUAAUUCAUGGAGAGAAUUGGAAAAUGAAAAUCAUAACUACCAUAUAGGAUUUGAAAGUAGCAUCCUUCCCAUGUAUCCAUACUUCUCAACUGACUUUAUGGCAAAAGAAAAAGAUAAAAAGACUGAAAAUAUGACCACAACAGAAUCUUCUAUGGCUCUCUCAAAAGAUUCUUUUCUGCCCAGGAGUUGGGAAAGCAAAUGGCCAAAUAACAUAGAGCCAGUAGGUUGUUCCAUUCCCCUUGUUGAAGUACCCCAAGGUAGUCAUAUGAAUUUGGCCUCCUUUUGUGACAAAGUAAAAAAAAUAAGAGAAACAUAUCUUGCAGCUGACAUCAAUUCUAAUUCCGGAAAGAUCUGGAGCAUUAUUUCAGCAUUUCCAUAUCAGCUCUUUUCUAAUACUAAAUUUAAUAUAAAUAUUUUUAAUGAUAACUCAACACAAGUACUUCAUCUAACACCAUAUGCUAAUUAUCUCGUCAAAGACUUAAUUGCAGAAAUUCUACAUUUUUGUACAAAUGACCAGUUGUUCCCUAAAGAUCAUCAUCUAAGUAUAUGUGGUUCUGAAGAAUUUUUACAGAAUGAUUACUAUUUGGGGAACCACAAAAUAUUUCAGAAAAACAAAAGUGUUAUUCAACUUCAUCUGCAAAAAAACAGAGGAUCUCCAGGAAAGUUAUCUAGAAAGCAUGAAGAUGACCAUACUCAGUUUUAUCUGAACCAACUUCUGGAAUAUAUGCAUAUUUGGAAAGUAUCCAGACAAUGCCUCUCAACAAUAAUACAAAGAUAUGACUUCCACCUGCAAUACUUUUUGAAAACCCAGCAAAAUAUGGUUAAUAUUACUGAAGAAGUUAAAAAUAUAUGCAGUGUUCUCGGGUGUGUGGAAACGAAGCAAAUUACAGAUGCCAUAAAUAAACUAAAUCUAAUUCUUCAGAGCAAAGCAGUGGAUUUACAUCAAAACUCAGAGACUUCAAUAAAAGGCUCAAUAGAAAAAGUGACAGCUGAGCUAUCUGCAGCCAUCUACCAUCUAAUUGAUGUGUAUUGUAGCAGCUUUUAUACAGAUUUUCAGCCUGUAAACACACCUGGAAGGAUUUCCUUUGUAAAUCCUGCCCUGGAUUGCUAUUUUAGCUUCACAGUGUAUGCAGCUCACAACAUCCCAGAGACCUGGGUGCACGGCUACAAAGCAUUUUCUUUUUCCUGUUGUCUUACAUAUGCUGGAAAGAAGCUAUGUCAAGUGAGAAAUUACAGACAUAUUCCAGCAAAGAAACUAUUUUUUUCCUUGGUCAACUGGAAUGAAACGAUCAAUUUUCCUCUUGAAAUAAAGUCACUUCCAAGGGAAUCCAUGCUCACUAUAAAAUUGUUUGGGAUUGAUCAUACAACCAACAGUACAGUUUUAUUGGCCUGGACUUGCUUUCCAGUGUUUCCAAAAGAAAAACCCAUUAUUGGGUCUAAGCUGUUCAGUAUGACAUUACAGAGUGAGCCUCCCAUAGAAAUGAUAGCUCCAGGAGUGUGGGAUAUAAGUCAGCUAUCCCCAGUGACCCUGCAGAUUGAUUUCCCAGCUACCAGGUGGGAGUAUAUGAAAUCUGAUCCUGAAGAAAAUAGAAGUAAUCUUGAAGAACCACCAAAAGAGUGCUUAAAACAUAUUGCCAGACUUUCACAGAAGCAAUCUCCCUUACUACUCUCUGAGGAAAAGAGAAGAUACUUAUGGUUUUAUCGCUUCUACUGCAAUAAUGAAAACUGCUCCCUUCCUUUGGUGCUGGGUAGUGCCCCUGGAUGGGAUGAAAGAACUGUUGCAGAUAUGCAUACCAUUUUGAGAGCAUGGACAUUUUCUCACCCUUUGGAGGCACUUGGGCUUUUGACUUCCAGUUUUCCAGAUCAUGAAAUUCGUCGAGCAGCAGUUCAACAAUUAGACAACCUCUUGAAUGACGAACUCCUGGAAUAUCUCCCACAGUUAGUUCAGGCUCUCAAGUUUGAAUGGAAUCUUGAAAGCCCCCUGGUGCAACUCCUGCUACACCGCUCAUUGCAAAGCAUCCAAGUUGCUCAUCGUCUUUACUGGCUGCUAACGGAUGCACAGAAUGAAGCUUAUUUUAAAAGCUGGUACCAGAAGCUGCUUGCUGCUCUCCAAUUCUGUGCAGGAAAAGCCUUGAGUGAUGAAUUUUUCAAGGAGAGGAAACUUAUCAAAAUUCUGGGAGAUAUAGGGGAGAAAGUCAAGUCUGCCAGUGACCCUCAAAGACAGGAGGUACUGAAGAAAGAAAUUGACAGACUUGAAGAAUUCUUUCAAGAUAAAAAUUCUGGUAUUUGUCACCUUCCUCUAAACCCUGCCCUUUGCAUAAAAGGGAUUGACCAUGAUGCUUGUUCGUAUUUCACAUCUAAUGCUUUCCCAUUGAAGAUUACUUUCAUCAAUGCUAAUCCAAUGGGCCAAAAAAUCAGCAUUAUUUUUAAGUCAGGAGAUGAUCUUCGCCAAGAUAUGCUUGUUCUGCAAAUUGUUCAAGUGAUGGACAACAUUUGGCUGCAGGAGGGCCUGGAUAUGCAAAUGAUCAUUUAUAGAUGCCUAUCCACAGGAAAAGACCAAGGAUUGGUGCAGAUGGUGCCUGAUGCUGUAACCCUAGCAAAGAUUCAUCGACAUUCUGGACUGAUAGGACCACUGAAAGAAAAUACAAUCAAGAAGUGGUUCAGUGAGCACAACCUUAUAAGGGCAGAUUAUGAAAAGGCCUUGAAGAAUUUUUUCUAUUCCUGUGCUGGCUGGUGUGUGGUAACAUUCAUCCUGGGAGUCUGUGAUCGUCACAAUGACAACAUUAUGCUGACAAAGUCAGGCCACAUGUUUCAUAUUGACUUUGGAAAAUUCUUAGGUCAUGCACAAACAUUUGGAGGGAUAAAAAGGGACCGUGCCCCUUUUAUUUUUACUUCAGAGAUGGAGUACUUUAUUACAGAGGGUGGAAAAAACCCACAGCAUUUCCAAGAUUUUGUGGAACUUUGCUGUCGAGCUUAUAAUACUGUCAGAAGGCACAGUCGACUUCUCUUGAACCUGCUAGAAAUGAUGCUACAUGCAGGAUUGCCUGAGCUAAGUGGAAUUCAAGAUCUGAAAUAUGUGUAUGAUAAUCUUCGUCCACAAGACACAGAUCUGAAAGCAACAAGUCAUUUUACCAAGAAAAUAAAGGAAAGUCUGGAGUGUUUCCCUGUUAAGUUGAAUAAUUUGAUCCACAUACUGGCACAGAUGUCAACUGUAAGUCCUGCCAAAUCUACUUCACAGACUUUUCCCCAGGAAUCCUGUAUGCUGAGCAAAACCAGGUCAAUUCAAAGAGCAACAAUUUUAGGGUUCAGCAAAAAACACAGUCAUCUGUAUCUAAUCCAGGUGACACACCGUAACAAUCAAACAAGCCUGAUGGAAAAAUCUUUUGACCAGAUUUCAAAAUUUCACAAUCAACUUCAGAAGCAGUUUGCAUCAUUGACUCUCCCAGAGUUUCCUCAUUGGUGGCACCUACCUUUUACAAAUUCAGAUUAUAAAAGAUUCAGAGAUCUAAAUCGUUACAUGCAACAGUUAUUAAAUGGACCGGAUGAAGUUGCAAAUAGUGACUAUGUACUUAGUUUUUUCCUUGCUGAACCUGUGAAACAAAUUGAAGAAUCAUCACUUUUCAACCCAGGUGAGAAGUUGACCGACAAGAAGCCUAAGGUGCAGUUAGUCAUAUCAUAUGAGAAUAUGAAGCUGACAAUACUAGUGAAACACAUGAAGAACAUUCAUCUCCCAGAUGGCUCCGUGCCCAGUGCACAUGUUGAAUUUUAUCUUUUACCAUAUCCCAGUGAAGUUCGUAGGAGGAAAACAAAAGCUGUUCCAAAAUGUACCGACCCCACUUACAAUGAAAUUGUGGUAUACAAUGAAGUCACAGAGUUACAAGGACAUGUCUUAAUGCUUGUUGUGAAGAGUAAAACCACAUUUGUAGGAGCAAUUAACAUCCAACUUGGUAGUGUACCGCUCAAAGAAGAAAAAUGGUAUCCACUAGGAAAUAGUAUAAUUUGA